CUUGUAGCAACGAAAGGCGGUAUUUCGAAGGAAUGCAUGUGUUCUUGUUCGUAUUCGACUUUAUUUCCUAUUUCUUAACUUCUGAUGCGCAGACAGGUAUUUCAGAAGUCGGUGGCAUCAGAGCUAUACGCUUGGCUCCGAAAACCAGUCUUUAUCCUGAAGGGCGUGAUGGUGUGUUGGAAGUUAAUUACAACGGUACUUGGGGAACUAUUUGCAACAUUGGGUUCGACGAACUGGCUGCGUCAGUUGCAUGCUUUAUGCUCGGGUUGUAAGUGUUUCUCUACUUAUUUUCAGUCCACCUCGCGGUGUCCCGAUAAUGAACAGCCUUCGACGAAGUCCUAAUUCGUCUCCUUUAUUGUCGGAAUUUAAUUGCACUGGGAGAGUAUUUUUGACAUCUGGCCUACUUAGCACUGCCACUACACAUUUAGGCGUUUGUUCCUUUGCAACCGAGUUUCCUUCUACCUGUCUAUCAAAUAAUCGACAGACUUCAAUAGUCUGUCUAGACCCUGCUGAGACGACAACUACAACUACUCCUGCUCCAAACUAUAUGACGUUGGCUCCCGUUAACUGUAACUCAUCUGACUACUCGUCUAUUCGUUUGGUAGAUGGAACAAACAAUGCUGGCCGCGUAGAAGUAAAACACCCCCAAACAAAUCAAUGGGGUACAAUAUGUGCCGAUGGUUUUGAUUUGAAUGCAGCACGUGCUCUUUGUCGAAUGUUAUGCACAAGCUCUGAUAAUCUACAAUAUGCUUAUCCAGUUUUAUACUUGUAUGGAAGUGCUUCCAAUUCAACACCGAUUCAUUUAUCACGUUUAGAGUGUCCAGUGAAUGCAUCAAGUUUAAAUGAUUGUAAAUUAGGUGGUGGUUGGGGUUCAGCACCGGGUUGUACACAUGGUAUGGAUGUUGGUUUACAAUGUGGACCACCGUCAGCUUCAAAAGUUUCAGAUUUUUAUCAUCCUGUAUUCUAUUGUAAUCAAACAACAGCGAUAAUUAUCUAUGAUAAAUAUUAUAAUCCAGAUUUGAAUUCAAGUAUGAUUCGAUUAGAUCAAGAUCAAUUACCAAUUGAUUGUCAAUAUCAUGUAGAUGAUAAUACAACCCAUAUUAUAGCUUAUGUUCCACUUGUUGGUUGUGGUGGCAGUCUAACAUUGAGUAAUUCAACUUCCAUUGCAAUUAAAUUAAAUUUGCUUCGGGCAUAUUUAACACCAGAAAAUGGUAUUAUAUCAAAUUUACCAAUGAAAUUCACUGUGACCUGUUUAAUACCACGUUCAAAACAAAUUCAAUCGGAAGUUGUUGCUUCACCAAAUAUUACUACAAAUUUAUUAUAUCAAAGUGAGAGUAUUUUAUCAACAUUGAAAUUAUAUCGUGAUCAAUUAUUUACUGUCCAAUUACAACAACCUAUUACUAUUCCACCGGGGGAUAAAGUUUACGCUCUUGUUUCAUUGGUUAAUCCACAAAAAACGAGUAAAUUAAUAUUGGAGAACUGUUGGGCAACUGCUACACCUAAUCGUAAUUCAACAUUAAGACGAGAUUUAAUUGUUAAUAGAUGUGCUGCAUAUGAAGAUCUUACGGUUGUUCCAUCAUCAGCUACACAAGUCGGUUUCACAUUUAAUGCAUUUUAUUUAAAUACUGCCGGAUCAAUAGUUCCUAUCUAUUCAAAUCUUUAUCUACAUUGUGAUAUACGUGUAUGUGAUAUAAGAGAGAAUAAUGAAAAUUGUCAGCAGUAUUGUCAAUCAUCAAUAAUAUCUUCAACAUUAUCACCAUUAACUGUGCUAAACACGACAUCAACUGGUGUUCAAUCAGUGAAAAGAUAUCGACGUGAUCUAAAUUAUAUCAAUCCAAAAUUUCUUCAAUCACAUGGACAUAUUCAUGUUGAAAGUGGACAAGUUGUGACAGUGUAAUAACAAUAAUAUUAAUGAUAUAAAUCAAAUCAUUAUUCUAAUUAUGUACACAAACGUUUACCGAUAAAUCAAUCAUUCAAUUAUUAUUAAUCGAUAAUUAUUCAUAUUCAAUACAAAUCAGUAAUUAAUUGAGAAUUUUUAUACACGU